AUGGAUGAAGGUCAGAAUGGCAACUACUGAACAGCCUUGAUGCUUUCCCACCAGCAACACUGAUUAUUAUUAUUAUCACCACUAACAAAGGAUGCCUGCUCUAGUUUUCUUAUGCUUUCUGCUAGAAUUAAAACACUCGGCACAUUUCUCCAUGGUGCACAUUGCUAGGCACAAGCAACCACUGGACAGGCUGUUAUCCAGAACAGGAUUGUAUCAAAGCCCUGGGAGAGCUUUUGGAAAGGGAGCGCUUCACUUAUUUGAGAUAGAGCAAAACAGGUGGGAAUGGCAACAAAAUAUUGCAGGUUGGAGUGUUCCUAUUUAGGCCUCCAGCAAGCCAGCCAGAUCCCAUAUGCAGGAUUCUCCAUUGAAUCAGGAUCAUUUCCCCACUGAAAUAAAUGAGGGCUAAACACACUUAAUCAGGGCUAGGUUGUGUCUAUUGGUUCUUAAGCUGCUCCAUGUUUCCCCUGCCCCUAACCACGCUGUGUAACAGACAACUCAUAUCUAAUACAAUUAGCGCACUGUUACUGCUGGUGUCGGUUUCCAACUAACAGGAAGAUAAUCAUAAAUCUUCCCCCAUUCACUGGUGCUGAUUUAAUCUUGCAAGGCCGACUGCUUUGUAAGAAGAAGCAGCCGAGAGCAGCCUUUCUCAACCUUGGGCUCCCCACUCGAUGAUAUUGGACUACAACUCCCAUCAUCCCUAGCUAGCAGGACCAGCGGUCAAGGAUGAUGGGAGUUGUAGUCCAGCCACAUCUGGGGACCCAAAGUUGAGAAAGAAAGUUGCUCUAUAGAGAACAAUAUUCAACCAAGCUCCUAACGAUUGCUUCAAUUUUGCUUCCCUCUUGCGUUAACUGUGCGGCUCCUCUUGGCGAGUUAAGGUGGCUAUGGGGACCCAACUGAUCAAGAGAUCCCUGUCGUGCCGUUACCGCACAGCUCCUACCAGCUCUAUGACUCGGAGGACCUUUACGAUGACGAUGAUCAAGAGCCUUAUCUAGUGCAUGGAUCCUACCAUCACCCGCAGUCCCCCUACCCAGCACCUCGCCUGGCUCAGCCAGAGUUCACACCUGUGCGGGAAGAAAUGGGGGCUCUCGAACUGAGAUCCCCCGGAAUAAGCCGCCUUUCAAGAAGAAUCUCUAAAAGAAGCGCCAGUUCUCUGAGGCUCAAGAGGAAGGUUAAGAAAACCUCUUAA